AUGGCAAGUAGUGUAGUUGAUAGUGGUGUAGGUGAUACUACCAUGCCACAUGGACAGGUCCGACCUGCACAACUGAUGGACCAGGUAUGGUACCAACGAUUAGAAACAAAGCGCGAUGUUGGCUUGAAUAACAGGAAAAGUGAUGUACAUGGACUGGAGCAACGUACUGACAACGGAGCUCAUUGUUUUACUAUAUCUAAAGUGGCUGGUCAUGUUUCAUCCGAGAACUUGAAAGAAAAAAAAAACUUCAACCAAGCGGUGUCUCUCCAGUUCAGGCAAAGAAGUUUAGCAGAGAUUUCGGAGAUGAUUCACAUAGCUCACUUGAUCCAUAAAGGAGUCGUCAACUUGUCACCAAUAGUAUUUGAUGGAACACUACUGCAAGAUUUGGAGUAUGGUAACAAGAUUGCCAUUCUGUGUGGUGAUUAUUUCCUCACCAGUGCUUUUGCUGGCCUAGCUGCUCUUAGAAAUGUUAAGGUGAUGGAGCUCAUCAGUACUGCUGUAAGGGACUUCACUGAGGCUGAAUUUAUUGGAGUACGUGAUGAUCAAGGUAACCAAAUUCCCGAUGCCACCAUGACCAUGCUCGAAUGGGAGAAGAAAAACUUUUUGGCUGCUGGUAGCUUAUUGGCGAAGUCAAUCAGGCAAACCAUUAUUUGGGCUGGUCAUAGAGAUGAAUUACAGCCGAACGAGUCUGAAUUAGGGAAUCAGAUUGCUUUUGCCUGGCAAGCUUACAGUGAUCUGCAACCCUUCACUGAUUUGUACUGUUAUCCUCCUGGGACCACCAUUGAUCUGACCUCAGCUCCUGUCAUCCUUCACCUACAAAGUGAUCCCUCACUGUUGAGACUCAUCUCUGCUGCUGGAGACAGUAUGGAACACCGAGAUUUCAAGAAGAUCCACCAUGUGGUUAUGGCAGGAAGAGGUGUACAGGAAACAAAGGAUUUGUGCAAGUCAUACAUUCAGGCAGCACUCAACGUUCUGCAGGAUGUGUUUGAGCCUUCUGAUGCCCGCACUGCCUUGGAAAACAUUAUCAAGGUGACUGCAUUCGUGGGAAACUGAUGAAGAGUUGGAAUAAAAGUAAUUGAAAAAAAUGCCACACUCAACUCUUCCAAGAGUGGCAAUUACUGCUUGUGUAUUUAGAAUGUACUGACAUAACCUUCAAAUUACAC